AUAUCAAUUCUUGAAAUAUAUGUUUUAAAUGUUCAUCCUCAUCCAAAUCCACCAACUGUUUCAUCAUCUUCUUUAUCUCUCCCAAUCUUCUUGGCAAUCUCAAGACUGUGUGUUGUGUUUCAUCUGAAAUCACAUUGAACAUGGCUUCCAGAGCAACAGCUCACUGGAGAAGCAUUCUUUCAAGAUAUCAGAAUGCCAGGCUGAUUUCUACAAGCACUCAAUUCAAGAUGCAGCCCCAUGCAUCAGCCCAUGGAGGAGCUGUUGCUGCUGCAGGAUCGUUAAGAACAUUUAAAACAGAUUAUAUACCAAUAUACACUCUGUUUGGGAUGAUACUUUUGGCUGUGUCUCUGGGGACUUUGAAUGUGAAGCAUGAGCUGGUGCAUUGCCCCAGUGUCUUUGUGAACAAAAAGAAAAGGAAGACAGUCCCUGAAGUGGAGAACUCAGAACUUGUGAUGCAGAAAUCUGAGGAUUUUGUAAAUAAGAGCAUUUUCAGGAAACUGGGGCAGAGAGAGUUUCAGAUUAUGAAGCCAAUGCCUUAGAUCUUCCCAUAGAGAAGUCCAUAGUACUCUUAAUAAUUGGAUGCUUCUGUCUUAUAUCCUUACAGAGAUAAUUAUGUGUGAAUGUUUGGCUUGUGUCUGUAAAUAAAAGUAUGCAAUCAUAUUUAUAUAUUAUCCACUUUCAGGAGAGUGGGGCAGAGGGAGUCUCAGAUCAUGAAGCCAAUGCCUUGAGCAUACAGAUCUUCAUAUAGAUAAGUCCAUAGUAUUUGAUGAUUUUAUGGUUUUCUCUUAUGUCAUUACUGAACUACUUAUGUAUGAAUGUUUGGUGUUGUGUCUGUAAGUAAGUAAUAAUAUGCAAUCAUGUUUAUAUAA